UUCACUCUCUCUUGUUCUUUUCUGUUUGGUCUCCAAAAUCAAUCCAUCAAUCAUUUAGAGAGAGAUCGCUUUCCCUAUUUCUGCUAUUUUGCUAAUACCCCAAAUACAGAAGUAAACAUUCCGAUUACGCGCCUCUCUCUCUCUCUCUCUCUCUCUCUCUCUCUAUUCAAGGAUUUCCUCUCAGUUGCUCAAUCACACCAGAUACAAUUGGAGAUAUUGUUGGCAUAUCGUUUGCUUUCUGAUUUCUUAUCAGCAAAGUCAUAGAGAAAUUCACCGAGGAUUCAAUCUUUAUUUUUGUGGCUAUGGCAACCAAUGAAAACCUUCCACCAAAUGUAAUAAAACAACUUGCCAAGGAAUUGAAGAAUCUUGAUGAAACCCCUCCUGAGGGCAUUAAAGUAGGCGUCAAUGAUGAUGAUUUUUCAAUUAUAUAUGCUGAUAUUGAAGGCCCAGCCGGGACUCCGUAUGAGAAUGGCAUUUUCCGCAUGAAGUUGAUACUGUCUCAUGACUUCCCUCAUUCCCCUCCAAAAGGUUACUUUCUGACCAAGAUUUUCCAUCCAAAUAUUGCAUCCAAUGGUGAGAUUUGUGUCAACACACUGAAAAAAGAUUGGAACCCAAGUCUUGGAUUACGGCACAUUCUGAUUGUAGUCAGGUGUUUACUAAUUGAACCAUUCCCAGAAUCAGCUUUGAAUGAGCAGGCUGGCAAGAUGUUGCUUGAAAAUUAUGAGGAGUAUGCCAGGCACGCCAGGCUUUACACUGGAAUUCAUGCUCUGAAGCCAAAACCGAAGUUUAAAACAGGAGCUAUUUCCGAGUCAACCGCUUUAAACAUUGACCAAACAAACACAUCAGUUCUUAAUGUUGAUCAGAAAAAUAAUGCAGUAUCCGGUGCUGCACCACUCCUGCAAUCCCCAUUGGCCCCUUGCACGACAGCUACCAAAGGAGGAAGCGGGCAGGACCUUCCAACUGCCUUAAAUUCAACAACCGAAACAGGAAUUAGUGGGUCAGCGGCAAUACCAUUGACACAGAAGAAGGAAGGUGGUGGGUUGGCAAAAGUCCAGGCAGACAAAAAGAAGAUGGAUGCAAGAAAGAAAAGUUUGAAGAGAUUAUAAUAUUAUUGGGGAAAAUGAUUGAGAUGUGGAGUGUGGCCAACUUUUGCUGUUUAUCUGAAGGAUGGAUGGUGGCAUAAAAGGUAAUUGAUUUGAUGAACUCGGGAUGGCAUGUACUGUAUUUGAAUUAUAUCAAAUGGGGAGGUGAUUGGUUAGUUUUAUUUGUUUUGGUCUCUCUCUCUCUCUCUCUUUGUUGCUUCUUUUAUUCAAUACCUUCAAUUCUGGGACUUCUUGAACAAUCCGUAUUCAUAUGGAAUUCCAGCUUUAGAUUUUCAUUUGUCA